AUGGACACGAAACUGAGAGCAUUAAAAGUUCAAGAACUGAAAGAAAUCCUUUCAAAGGCUUCUAUACCUCCAGGAAAUGCAAAGAAGCAGGACCUUAUCAAUAAAAUUUUAGCAAACCCUCCUGCUAUAGACGUCUUUCACACUCUUCAUCCUGGUACUAAACCAAAGAACUCUAAACCAGCACCACCUCCAUCUACUGACGAUGAUCUCCUCGCUCCUCCAGAAGAAAUCGACUGGACGGUAGAAGAGUCUAUUACAGUAGAACCUGCAUCUCCGCCCAAAGAAUCUGAACAGCCUCUUCCAUCACCUGCACCAGCCGUCGCCGCUCCACCCGCACCUGAACCCGAACCCGCACCUGCCGUGCAGUCGGAAGAGGAUAAACGCAAAGCUCGUGCAGCUCGUUUUGGCACAGCUUAUGUUGAACCCGUUCAGAAACAACCGAAAAAGGCUGCUGGCGAGAAACCCGACAUACUCAAGGCCCGAGCAGAGCGGUUUGGUUUUGUCGCUUCCGUCGCCAAGGGUAGAGGAAAGCGCACAGCACCUGUCGAAAACGUUGAUCCUGAGGAGCAGGAGCGUAGGAGGAAACGCGCUGAACGGUUUGGCUUGCCACUAUCCGGCAAGGCGUAA